AUGAAGCAUCAUUUGAUGGUCGGCACCUGGACCAAGCCGGGCCGCAUCUACACAGUUGCUUUCGAUGAUGAGGCCUUGACUUUGGAGCUGGUCAAGAAGACCGACAUCCCUGAGGCUGAGCCGAUCUCAUGGAUGACCUUCUCACACGACAAAAAAGCCAUCUAUGGCGCCGCCAUGAAGAAGUGGAAUAGCUUCGCGGUCAACAGCCCUACCGACAUUGUUCACCAAGUCUCCCACCCUGUGGCAGGACAUCCUAUGGCCGCCAACGACGACACAAACACCCGUGCGAUUUUCGUUCUCGCCGCUCGCAAGCCUCCCUACAACGUCUAUGGAAACCCGUUCUACAAGUAUGCUGGAUUCGGAAAUGUGUUCUCAGUUGAGUCGGAUGGUCGUCUCGCCAAGAAUAUCCAGAACUACGAGUACGAGCCCAACACCGGUAUCCAUGGCAUGGUGUUCGACCCCACCGAGACCUACCUAUACUCUGCCGAUUUGCAGGCCAACAAGAUCUGGACCCACCUAAAGGACUCUGAGACGGGCGAGUUGACUCUGAUCGAUUGCCUCGAGGCGCCAGACCCUGGUGACCAUCCCCGCUGGGUUGAGAUGCACCCCAGCGGCAAAUACCUCUACGCUCUGAUGGAGGCCGGUAACCGUUUAGCUGUCUACGUCAUUGACGAGCGAACGCACAAGCCCGUCUUUACCCAUAUCACAUAUCCUCUACUUCCUCCCGGCCUUCCCCCGCGCAACAAGUACCGCGGCGACGUCACCUUCACUACCAAGAGCGGCGAGUAUCUCUUCGCUACUACUCGCAGCAAUCACUUUGAUGUGACCGGAUACAUUACUGCUUUCAAGCUGGGCCCCAACGGCAACAUCGAGCGCCAGCUCUUUAUCCACCCCACGUCCACCAGCGGCGGCCACUCCAACGCCGUGAGCCCAUGCGAUUGGAGCGACGAAUGGCUUGCGCUCUGUGACGAUCAGCUGGGCUUCGUCGAGAUUUAUAGGUUCCGUGAUGAGAACCUCUCCCGCGUCGCACGCGUGGAUAUCCCUGAGCAGGGUUUCGGCAUGAAUGCCAUUUGGUACGAUUAA